AUGAUUUUACAAAAUGACGCAGACGCAGACCCGGACACCAAGAUUGCCGCAGAAAAUGGAAAACUCUUGAAAGCAAAGCAACUGUUUGCACAUUGUAUCCGGUUUCUCAAAGAAGAGGCACUUGAGGGAAUUCGGGAACGUACUGGAGAUGAAGUUUAUGGAGCGGAGGAGAUUCAGUGGGUUCUGACUGUACCCGCCAUAUGGACUCUGAAAGCAAGGCAGUUUAUGCGGGAAGCAGCGUAUGAGGCUGGGCUUGGAUCAUGUAACAGUCCAGAGCAGUUGUUAAUUGCCGUCGAAUCUGAAGCUGCAGCAUUGUACUACACGGAUGCUGAAGAUCUAGAGAGGCUUCGUGGUGCACAUUAUAUUGUUGUCAACAUAGGAGGGGGCACUUUUGAUGUGACGGUACAUGAAAAGCAAGAUGAUGCUACCAUAAAUGUACUAUACAAAGGCACAGGGGACCCUAUGGGGGCAUUAAAGUGAAUCAAGAGUUUAAAAGCCUUUUGGACAAAAUAUUUGGUGUGCAGAAACUCAAUAAAUAUCGCGAACAGUAUCCUUCCGAUUGGACAAGCUUGAUGAACGAUUUUGAAAUAAAG